AUGACCACACCACCGCCUACCCUCUGCCCAGACAUGAUCAUCACAUCCCUCCACAUAGCCUGGGUCUUCCAAGCGGUCGCUUCCUUUCCCACAGCGUUUGUCCUGGGGGGUAAUGUCUUCGACAACCUUCUAUAUAGUUACUACCUGAACGUGUACCGCUUCAUCACUUACACAUUCAACGGCCUCUUCGCCUCAGGCAUCCUAUUCAUCAUCCUAGUUCAAUGGAGCCUCGCCAAGCGCGGCGCAUUGAACCUACGAUGGACGUUUCUUCUCGAGGUUUCGAAAGCUGGCAUUGCGACGAUCAUGUGGACCUGGCUGUUACUCGACAGUAUCUUCUACGAUCCACCCUACUACACCGGUCAUCGCGACAGGAGGAUCGCUGUAGCGGCGACCAGUGUUGUCUUGAUCCUGGUUCUGUUCUAUCCGACGGCUGUGUAUGCGGCGUACGCGAGGAAGACUGACGACGGCGACCACGAUCAGGAAUCCGCGAGACGGGUUGGAAGAACUGCGCCGACGGAAGAUGAGAGCACGCCGUUGCUCACGGAGAGAGUGUGA